AAUCCAUUGUAUCAGGCUUAUAACGUUUUACCUUUAAAGGUCAUGUUUGCAUGAAACUGUGCUCUGUGUGUGUUCAACUUGUUGAGUUUCAGAAAGUCAGCUUGGUGAAAACAGAGGAUGUAGACAAGACAGCCUACUAUAGCUAUUUCUGCAAAGGGACUUUUCAAAAGAAGAAGUGAAACUUUCCGUCUGAGGAAACCCACCCCAACUCAACUCACAUAUAUAUUUGAAUUAGAGGAUUUGGCGAGUUGUUACAGUUAGCUGUCGACAGACUCGCAUUGCUUUUAUAUAAUGGACAGGAAAACUGUGACCCAGAGCUCUGUAAUACUUCAUUUGAGAUACAUUAAAUAAUUUGAUUUGAGUUAUGUUGUCUGAUCUCCUCAUUCAAAGAACAUGCAGGACAUUUAAAGUCCAACAAUUGGUGACCCCAUCGACGUGAUGAGGAGGACUGGACAUCAUUGAUUUUUCUUCUCGACAUUCCACUUGCGCAAAAUAGGAAAGAAGGACUGGCAUCAAAUAACAUUGAAAGGAAGAAUAAACAACACAUUCAGGGUAAGAACUACUUCAGUGGGAAAAUAAAAUGAAAACUCUUAAGGAACGAUGGGAGAACAAAGAUAGGGAGAAGAAAAUUCAGAAAUUAAAAGAAAUAUAUGAGGAUUGGAAGCAAACGAAAAGAUAUGAAGAAAAAAAAAGGUUAAGUCUGAAAGAAAUUAGAAUACAGGAAGGAGAUGCAAACUGCAACUUUCUGAGAAAGAAUGUACAGGAAGCAGGGUUUGUGUGUAAGAAGAAACAUGAGAGGAAAUGAAGAGAUGCGAAGCUAAGGAGAAAGAGAGAGAGACAGCUGAGCUGAUGAGACAACGUAAAGAGCUGGCUGUGCAGGGAGAACAGGUGAAAGCAACACUGGAGAAAGAAAUAAGGGAACAAUGGAACAGCGUAGCACAGGAAAGGACAUUUCAGCCCAGAGCACAAAGCACCCCAGGAGAAUCAUUUAGCAGCAGAUUUAAAACAGUGGAUGAGACUGGGAGUCAGAUAGAGGUUGAAAAAUCAGGGAACAUAUCCAGUUGAAAUCAGAGGAGAAAUGAAGAUGGGUAAGAGGAUGAGAGAGGAGAGCAGAUAUAACUCCAGUAUAAAGACACCAAAGAAAGAACAGGAAAGUGAAGAACAGGAAUAUAGGGAACUAGGUCUCAUUCGAGGGAUACCAAAUAUGUGCCCACUAGUGGACACAAAUGGAAACCCAGAAUACAAACCAUGGUCAUUCACAGACAUGGGAGCUAUCCUUGCAAAGUUACCUCAUAUCACGAGUGGAGGGGGUAAAUGGAUAGGAAAGGUAAUAACUUUGAUGCAGGGCCAUACGUUGGCGAUAGGAGACCUGAGGGCGUUAUUGGGCCAGGUACUGACUGUAGGACAGAUCACGGAAAUUGGGCAAGAGGCAGGAACGGUUGGGAUAUAUGAUGACUAUCCAUACUGUCGAGUUGCAUCAGAUUGGGGAAAGGCACUGCGAAAGCUGUACCCAGCACCAGCAGGCACCCUUUACAAUAUAAAAUGUUCUCCAAAAGGGGAAGAAACAGCAGCAGCAUAUCUGAGUCGAUGCAAAGGAGAGUGGGAAGAGCAAACAGGGGCUCAUCCACAUUCAGAUAGAAUACAGGAACAGAUGUUCAGAGCUGCUGUAUUGGAAGGGACUCCUAAAUCUGUACAAGAUGAAAUAAAAGCCAACCCCGAUUUACCAGGUGCUUUAUGUGAGGUUUGGGAACGACAUUUCCUUCAUCACAUGUCUAGGGCGAACGAAAAAGAAAAGGUAGGGGAAGUAGAGGAAUUGAAAAAACAGUUGCUAAAAUUACAGUUGCAGGAAGCAAGAUCUAAAUUAAAUGAAGAAAAAGGGAAAAAGAAGGAUAUACAAAUGGUAGUUCAGGAGAUGAAAGCCCCUCCAAGAUAUAACAAAGAACAGGAAGUUGACCCAUCAAAUGUUAAAUGGGAGAGAACCACCCAAAGACCAAUGUAUUACUCCAAUAGAGGUAGGGGUGGGGAUUACAAUAGGGGGAGGGGAAGAGUGCAGUAUCAGGAAGGGUGUUUCCGUUGUGGUCGUCCGGGACACUUCGUCCGUGAUUGUCGGCAACCUGAACUCGGAGCCCAACAGAGACCGUCUCGGGGCAGAGGCCAUAACCCACACAUGGCCCCUAACGUGGAAAAAGCACCACGACCACAGCCUCGCAGUACCCUUUGUCCACUGGAGGGGAAAGGGAGUGGUACUAAGACAGCCCACGGAACGACCUCAGCAGGGUCAGGGCGGAACCCUUGCUGACUUUGGAGGUAAACACACGUCCUGUUGAAUUCCUGGUGGAUACUGGGGCAACAUACUCCACACUGAACUUUGAACUUCCAAAAAAUCUUAUUUCAGACGAAACCACUGAAGUAAGGGGGUUUUCCGGGGCUAUAACUAGACUGCCAUUCUCCAAAGAACUCACAGUGCAGUGCAUGAAAAAACAAUCACUGACUCACUCUUUUCUGCUGUCAUAUUCCUCACCGACAAAUUUGUUGGGAAGAGACUUGCUAGUGAAACUUGGAGCUGAAAUCCUAUGCAGCCCGGAGGGGAUUAUAGUAACUAUGAAAAAUGGUAUCACCAUGAACUGUUCCAUCAUGACCACAAUGAGAACGCAUGGACAAUGGUUACUUUCUGCAAACACCUCUCCACAGGGAGCUGACAUUUACUGGGGGAGGGUGCUUCUGGGGGACACAGGGGACACCCUGAACGAUCUGUACUCUCAAUGGGAACCUUGGAUAUUAUCAUUAGCGCCAUACACCAAGCUAAUAGAUCCACUGCAUGUCACUCUGUUUUAUGAUAGAACACAAGAGUACUGGUACCAAGAACAAUUUGAUAACAUUGCAGGAGAACAGUGGGAAAUUUUUGGGGCAGGAAUAUUGAUAGGCAAAGAGGGAGUGGCAGGUAUUGUAGAACUUACCCCCGAACAGAAACAAUGGUACAAAAUGAGGGAAGAGGCAUCACCCCAUAUAUCAUUGUUAGUACACCCCCAACACCAAGCUAAAGAUCUAGGACCAAUGGUAAAGAAGGGAAUACACUUAACAGA